UGGCUCGUCUUGAGAAACAAAUUGGCACGUAGGGUGGUGGGAAAAAAGUUUGGUGUAAAAGAUACUUCUCCUUGGACGAAAAGCGUGCAGAAAAAUCACGAGAGCCACGUGUGGGUGGCAUUCUAUCGUUGCUACAAUAGUGUGGAGAAAUUAAUACAGUACGAAGCAUACAAACAUUAUUUAUUUAUAAUACGUAAAUAUUGUUCGCGCACAAAAAGAAAGAAAAGGUAAAUGAAUAUGAUACAGACUUCACAAUAUGUGACGACUUUCUUGGUACAAUUUUCUGCUUUUGCUCUACCUAAUUGUUUCGAAUUUUUUUCACGACAUCUACAAAAUUGCCACCCGAGCCUGAUUUUGACUUUUCCUGCCAUUUUUGUUUCUUUUUUUUUUUCAUUUCAUGGUAUAGUUCUCACUUGCACGUGAAGAAAUGCAAUUCGCGGAAACAAAAUAUCGUAAGAAAUCGGAGAAAUUGCAUUCCAGUGCCGUGGAAAGCAAUUUAUUAUUAUUGUAGAUAAUGUAAUUUCAAUGUAAUACCUAUUGUAUAAUAAGAAAUUGUAUAAUAAGAAAUUCAUCGUGUUAGGAGGUUGAAGAAAUAAGACGAGAAGAUCAUAGGAUUUCAGUUCUUCUCUACAUCUUUAUCAACGACUGCUACGCAUGGCCGCUCGACGCAUGUAAAAAGAUAAUAAUAAAUUAUCGUCUCGCUCGUGGAACGGGCAGGAUGGGAAAUUAGAUGGCCGGGAUCGAUACGUGGAAAAUACGUAGCUGCCACUCGACUCGUUAUCCGAGUUCCGAACGUUCUGUUUCGAAAGCUCGUUGAUAAAAGCGUUGGUAAUACGUGCAAGAUUUACGAGACGCUCUUGUCUAAUUACCUCGACGAUAUCUUGGAAACCUCCUGAAACAGUACCAGACGAGAUAGAUGUUAUUUUUCACUAUUUUUCACUAUCAUUAUUAUUACCAUGUUUUUCAUUAAUUCCCGUUUAUUCUUCUGUUGCAGGCUCACGUGGUGUCUGCCUUCGAGCAGUCAUUGUCCAAUAUGACUCAACGUUUGCAACAAUUGACUGCGACCGCGGAGAAGAAAGUAAGCAUUUAAGCCUAAUUUCCUCGAUCCUUCUUUCAACACGUUCGAGACGAAGCCAAACGUGUAUUUUCUAUAUUUAAUAAAAAUCAAGUGUGUUUCUCAAACUCGAUAA